AAUAUCCUGUUUUAUAUUAAUAGCGCCAUGAUGGGAAAUGGAAAAGAGAAAUUUUUCGAGUUCCGUUUCAUCAGAAUGCUGAGAGACUAGAGUUCAAGUUCCAAGGAGAAGGUACUAAGGUUUACAAUCUUGGAAGAUGCACUAACAUUGAAUACCACGCUGUUGGCGCCCAGAUGUAUGUUGAUCCAGACACAGUGUGUCGCAAUGGGGGUGUGUGGAGCAGUACAACCCAAUCGUGCACCUGCCCACCAGGAUUUGUUGGCAUGUACUGCGAGGAAGGUUGUGGACCAAACAGAUAUGGAGAGAACUGCUCAAAACCCUGUUCAUUUCUGUCUAGUGCAUGCGAAGGACUUAUAUUUUGCACUAAAGAGUUGUGUUCAUGUGCUCCGGGCCUGCAAGGAGCCUACUGUGGUUCACCAUGUGACUCAAGAAAUUACGGAGCAUCUUGUCGUCAACGUUGUGGGAAAUGCAAAGACGAUGAACCCUGUGACCGGUACACAGGGAUGUGUUACACUGGAUGCUAUGACGGAUUUUACCCACCAUUUUGUCAGCAGACCUACAAGGUAUUAGGGAAUGCGCCAGAUGUAAUUGAAGAUAAUUACAAAUCUCUAAAGAUCAGAAUAUCGUUCGAAAACGUAACAGGAGAAGGAGAGCCAGUUUUCUAUGAAGUGCAAUACAAAGAAGAGAAACAAUAUGUUUGGUCAAAAUUAUCUCCAAGAGUAAUUCCCAAUGCAACAGAACUGGGAAUCACGGCAGAAUUAGAAAUUAUGGGGUUACUUGCUGGGAAAAACUAUGAAAUCCGAGUAAUUCUCAUUGAUAAGGAUGGUGGUAGUUACCAAACAGAUGUGCCAGAAAGUAAAGCAAGAACUAAAUGCAUAGAUCCAGUUCAAGGAGACUACAAAUUUGCAGUAAGCGAUGUAGAUGACACUAGUGUUCUCCUGGAAUGGUCUUAUGAACAUGAUAAGACUUCACUGACUUGUGAAAUAUUGGACUUCGAGCUGUCUGUUCUCUGUGGAAGCGAGAAUCUUAAAUUUCUCAUAACAGAGAAAAACGGUCUCUUCAGACUGUCAGAUAUUAUGCCUGACAUGACCUACAAUUUCCAACUGACUGGUAAAACUGUGACCGGCAAUAGGACUCUACCUACAGAGAUUGAAGUUCACACACUAGCUGCUGGCCCAGGGAGGGUGAGAGCAGCGAACGCAGCGCCCUCGCCGUCAGGCAGGCAGUUGCGUGUCACAUGGCUUCCUCCAUGGAAUUCACAAGGCCAAUCACUGCGGUAUAAAGUCAGAUAUCAGUGUGUUUAUUUCCUGGCAUGUGAAGAUGUCAACUGUGACGCAUCAUCUGGUGAUACUGAAGUAUCAACAACUGCAGUGGUACUUGAUCACCUACACUCACAUGCCCUGUACCAGAUAGAAAUAACAUCAGUGUCUGUUACUGGCCUCACAGCAGGAAGUCGUAUUAUCAAUGCUGUAACAGCACAUACAGCACCACACGUGGCACCCUCUGCUGCUGAAAAUCCAAUAUUUGCUGUGUCCAAUACAAGUGUUUCCCUAAGUUGGAUGCCUCCUGAAGACUGCACUGGUCUUAAUGGCUACAUUUAUGGCUACCAUUAUUCACUGGUUGAGAAUAACACAGAUGAGAUUAUUCAACAGGGAACAGUUGCCGAAAACAUUCUGAAUGUCAACUUCACAAACCUCACACCCAGCAACUGCUAUGAUGCUUACAUUACAGUUGUCGCCUCAGGUGGAACCAGUGACUCAGAUCAACUGAACAUUCCAUUCUGUACCAGUAGCACAGCUCCUGAACGAGUGCAGUCACUCAGUGUGUACAAGAGGGGUCGCAGAAUGGUUGGCUUGAGGUGGUCUCCACCACUCAACACGUACGGGGAUAUUGAAUACUUCACUAUCACGUACAGUAUAGAAGACAGUGGCCGUAACAGGAAACUUGUAACGGAACCGAAACGUUGUGGUGCUUGGCCCGAUCUCUAUUGUUAUACUGUUUCUGGUCUCUCACCAGGAAGGAAAUACCACUUUGAGGUCCAGGCUCGUAACAAAGAAGUAAACAUCGAUGGAGAACCUGCUGGAGUGGAAGCCAUCACAUUAGAAGGGGCUUCCACCCCACCAGUAAACCUGAGAAUAAUUAAUGCAACUGACAGCAGCAUGUUGGUGGAGUGGGGCAUGCCUGAUUAUAUCAAUGGGCAGCUCAGGUCUUUUAUAAUAAUUGUUGAACAAAUUGAUAUGCAAAUUAAUUCUGGUGAAUGUUGUGAUGAUAUCCCAUUGCAAGAUUAUCGUGUGACUUCAGAGGAACCUUUCUACUUAUAUGAGAUUACAGGCUUGUCAGCUGCCAGCACAUACUCUGUAACCGUUUCUGCAAAGACAGUGACUCUUGGUGAAGAAUCACGGGUGAUAGGUCACACAUUUCCUCCAAAAGCAAUUUUGCCACAGAAUGCACUAAUGGUUGUUAAAACAGAGAGUAGCAGCCAUAAUCCUGAUGUAGUAACCUUACAGAUGCAUCCUGCUGAGAGUAUCAGUGGUGUCAACAGGACAUACAUCCUCCUGCAUCUGAUCAAUGACUCAAGUACCCAACAGCCAUUUUAUGACAGCGAGUUAACUACAUUACUUAAGUCAAGAUUGACUGAAAAUUAUCAUCUCAUAUCAGAGUAUACACAGGAGGAGGUGGAGAACCAAUCUGUUGUCACAUUCCAUUUAAAGGAAAUGGGAUUUGUAUCAACAGAGAUUGAGUCCCAGAAAUAUGCACUUAUCUUGAUUCAGGACUACAUGGGAAACCAAAGCAUGGACGUUUUUAUAACAGAGGAAACAGGUUGAUGAAUUUGGCAUCAGUGUUAUAACACAAAUACUUACUUGUGCAGUGACUAUAUAGCUGUAACAAUAGAAUCUCUAAGCAUCUUUAAUAUGUGAGUUCAAAUAAGAUUUAAAUAAUUAUUCAAUUAUAUUGUACGAUUAUUUCAGUAAAAUAAAAAUUAUAAGGAAUUUA